UAACUUUUUUAAAAUUAGAAACUCGGCAAUUCUUAAAGAUGGCAGCUUCCGGAAAGUCAGCGACAGUAGAGACAGCUUUGUUCUUCCAUUCAAAGACGACUUGGUUUUGAGAAGGCGAUACGUGAACAUUCGCGGUAACGUGCGCUUCGGAAAGAUACUGGAAAACAUGGACACGUUUGCUGUAUGGCUUGCUUACAGACAUUGUCAGAAGGGUGAAAACAUGGGAAAGACUCCCUGCCAUCCACCGAUGAUUAUUGUUACUGCAUGCGUUGAUCGAAUUGCACUUCACUCGCACGCUAUCAUGCUGAACCGUGACGUUUUGGUCGAAGGCAGAGUAACGUGGGUCGGAAGAAGCAGUAUGGAAGUGAUUAUGGAUUUGCUUCAGAAGGAUGACAACGGUGAACCUGCUCUUACCAUGAGGGCGAAGUUUGUUAUGGUGGCCAGACAUCCGACGGAGAAUAGGUCCGUAGAUAUAAAUCCGUUGAAACCGCAAACCGACGAAGAAAUCAGCCUUUAUAAAGAAGCUGAAAAAAAGAACGAAAACCGUCGUCUGCUGCAUUCGCGCUCGCUUCUGAAAGUUCCUCCGAACGAAUUUGAAUGCGGCAUUUUGCAUGAUCUAUCGGGCGGCGCUUUCGAGCACAGAGUUUUGCCGAAAGGGUUCACUUGGAUGGAAGACCACAAGCUUAAAAACACGAUUGUUUGUUUCUCGCAGGAACGCAACUUAUACGGCAAAAUAUUUGGCGGAUUCCUAAUGCGUUCCUCUUACGAACUUGCUUGGACAUGCGCUUCAUUACUCUGCGGCGAAAAGUUGAAUACCCUUGCCUUGGACAGCUUCAUGUUUCGAAAAGCAGUGGAAAUUGGAAGCUUCCUGUUUCUAGAAUCUCAAGUUUGCUACACAAAUGGAAACCAUGUACACGUGAGAGUGUUGGCUGAAGUGUUAGACAUUAGAAAGCGUACAAAAGAAACGACGAACACGUUCCAUUUCUUUUUCGGCACUGACGGCGAACCCGUGAAACAACUCAUGCCUCGAACCUAUGCCGGUAAGGACUUCACAUAUCCUUGAAC